UAAGUAAAUACCUGUCAUGCAUAAUAGUAUAAAAUGACAUCCUAGUUUGUUUUAUAAUUUAAAUCGUGAAUAACAAAAUUAAAACGCAAAAGUGUGGAUAUAAAUAUCAAUGAUGAUUUUCAGAUUUCUCAUAUUGAUAGUCUAUAUUUCAAUGAGUUAACUCUACAAAAUAUUCACGUUACAAUGGGGUAUUCUAUUAAAUGGAAGAGCAACAGUUUACCGUGGUGUCUUAUUUUACUGUCGUUGAUAAUUUUGGUGAUCUAUUUAAGCAAACAAUACGGAAUAACUGAAAAGGCAGAAUGUCCAGUCAAUGCUACUAUUGCCCUUUCACGCGAGGACAAUCGCAGAGUUGUAAGCAAUUACCCUCUUGGUGACUCGGGGCCAUACUUGUCAGCAUUAGGUUUAGCGAAGUUUACAGAUGUUUCUGACAUGGAUAGAGAACCUGUCGUAGUUACUACUGGUUCUUCAUUUUAUGUCUCCAGGAUAGAAGGCUGGUUGAAGCAUUUGAUUAAAGACAUGAAACCUAAACUGAAGAUUGUCAUCUAUGAUAUUGGAUUCACGGCAGAACAACGUGAACAGAUUUGCCAGCACGGCCAAUGCGAGGUCAAAGAAUUCCCUUUUCACCAGUUUCCUGUCUUUGUUGAAGAUUGUAUACCAUGUAUAUCAUGGAAACCACUUGCGAUUCAGUUAGCCCUUGAAGAGUUUGGAUUUGUGAUCUGGAUGGAUGCUGCAGUGUUUGUGAUGGACGGUAAUUUGCAAGCUGGUAUAGACAGUGCUAAAGAAACAGGUAUAGCGAUUGGCCACGAGACUUAUGGUGGUUCUACGGUAGAAAUAGCAUCUGAAACUGUCCCAGAAACAUUUCACGCACUUGGAGAGGACCCAUGUGCAUUUAAAAACUGUAACACCAUUAGUGCGUCGCUACUGUUCAUACAGAAAAGUCGUUACACUUAUAAAUAUAUAAUGAGACCUUGGGUUUCGUGUGCUCUGACGAAGUCUUGCAUUGCUGGUGGACGUGCGCUUCAAAACAAAUGUAGAUUUUCAAAGAACUAUGGGUAUUGUCAUAGGUUUGCACAGUCCGUGUUGGGUAUAAUCCUAAAUAGGUUGUACUACUCAAAUCUGGACACGGUUGAUUUAGGCAACGCUGUAAAGUGGAGAAAGUGCUAUAUAGGACAUGACCAUAUACUUAUAGACGAUAUGGUGUUUCUUCAAUACGAGAAGAAAGAUAUCCUACAAUGUCCGGAUAGAAAAUUGGAACUUUAAAGAAACAGUAGAUUAGAUCUGUCUUCAGUAAUGUUGUCUCCUAGAACUUUUUUACCUGCUUUGUAUGAAAUGGAACUACUUUCAUAAG